CGCUAACGCUGCUGCUCCCAAGGAUAGUAUCCUCUCAUCUGUCGACCAAAACUCUUUGUGCUGACAAUAUCUGUCUGUUCGCCAUUCCUCCCCUCACAACCUCCCUUACUACAAUUGAUCCCAUCAUAGCCGGCAAUGGCCAAGCCAGUCAUCAGUGAAUCUCCAGAUGGAGGUUGGGGGUGGAUGAUCGUUUUGGCUGGCUUCUUGAAUAAUUGUCUGUUAGUUGGUGUCACACGAUCCUUUGGAGUAUUCUUCGUUCAUUUCACCGAAUACUUCCAGGAGUCAUCUAGUCGUGUCUCGUGGAUUACUUCCAUUGCUAUGGCAACACAACAGUUUGCAAGUCCAGUGGGGAGUGUAUUUGGGAUGCAGUAUGGAGCUCGCCCUGUGGUGAUGGUUGGUGCAAUUUUAGCUUUCCUGGGAAUGCUCACAGCUUCAUUUGGACAGAACCUUCUGCACAUGUAUCUCUCCAUUGGACUUCUGACAGGUUUUGGUUGGGCUUUGGUCUUCACCCCUACAAUGGCCAUGAUCUCCAGAUACUUUAAGAGGCGUAGAGCAUUGGCGACCGGUUUGGCAUUCACUGGAGUGGGAGUUGCCUCGUUCUUUUUCUCACCACUGUUUCAGCUCCUGCUCAAUGAGUAUGGAUGGCGUGGGGCUAUCCAGAUCCUAUCUGCAAUGAUGUUGAACCUCUGUGUCUGUGCAGCCCUGCUUAGACCCAUCACUAUCCAAGAGGACCUUCUUGUUGCUUCAAGGGGACAUCCUGAAAAUAUAAAGAAAAGUACCGAGUGUUGUGACAAAGUGACGUCUGCCUUUGAUUUGACCCUUUUCUUGCACCGAGGCUUUAUGGUGUACAGUUUUGCAGUAACCCUGAUGACCACAGGAUACUUUGUCCCCUAUAUCCAUCUGGUGGCCCAUGGAAAGAAUCUUGGAUUGAGUGAUUAUGAGGCUGCCUUUCUGUUGUCUGUCACUGCCAUCUCUGAGACUGUUGCACGGCUAUUUUCUGGUUGGUUGGCAGAUCUCAAGCUAAUCCGAAAAAUCCACAUGUUAUUCAUUUGGAGUAUUCUCACUGGAAUCAGCCUUCUCCUCAUUCCUGUUGGUAGCACGUACUCAAAUCUAGUAGGGCUCAGUUUUUUUUAUGGCUUCUGUUCUGGAGGCCUUGCCCCACUCUUCUUUUCCACCCUCCCAGAGAUCGUAGGAAUUGGACGGAUUCUCAAUGCAACUGGGCUCUUUCUGAUGCUCCUAAGUAUUGGUGGACUCCUUGGGCCUCCACUGUCAGGGUUUCUGGAGGACCUAACGGGAAGUUACACCAUAUCCUUCAUGACUGCAGGUGGCUUCAUCCUAGCAGGAUCACUCAUCCUGUUCUUCCUUCCAAGUUUUCUCAUCUGCACGGUGAUCCUUCCUGGACAACACAGUAAUGAUCAAGUUGGUGCUGGGAAUAGCAGAGACCAUCCUGCACAGGCUGAUGUGACAAAUUAUCGCUUGGAGGAAUAACAGGGACUAUUUCUUGGAAUGAAACUGACUGUACAUCAUAAUACAGUGUUGAUAGGUUCCCUUGAUGGCCAAGCUGUCUUGUUUUAUCCUCUGUAGUUUCAGGGGGAUGACAGCAGGACAUCACCAGCUCUGGCACAUGCAAAGGGAAGAUUAAAUCAUUUAGAGAGCAACAUACCCCAAGUUUAUAAUAUUAAUGAUUUGAGUGAGCGCACUCUAAUCCAUAGCAGACUUAGUUGCAAUUACUCCUGCAGACAAAUAGCUGGACAAUUUAGCAAGGAAAAUAAUGCAAAUUCAAAGUAGGAAAAGGGCAUUCGGCCCAUUAUCUCACUUUAUCCAAACUCUAUUACAAUCACAUCAAUGAUUAUGACCAAAGAAAACAAAAACAAAGAUAAUAAAUUGUGAGGCUGGAUGAACACAGCAGACCAAACAAAACAAACAUUGCUUGAAUGCCCUUCACAACCUCAGCAUAUCUCAGUGCACUUUACAACAAAAAUCUCAUUACUGUUGUCAUUAUAGAAAAUGCAAAGUCCAAUUUGCACACAGCAACAUCCCACGAACAACAAUUGAGCAGUGACCCGAUAAUCUGUGUUUUUGCGUCAUACUUGAGGAAUGAAUUUCCUUGCACUGUUCAUUUCCAUCAAAUUCUCAUCGAUUUGAGAGAUUUGCAGGUCAGAAAAGGAUGAAUUCGUUUAGUGGGACUCUCCUCGAGACAUGAUCAAGUUCUUUAAGAUUAUGAAGGCAUUUGAUAAAGUACCAUAUCAAAUCUCUUCACUUUUAUUGUGGAAAACAAAACCACAUGGUGUAGCCAAAACAUAUUGAAAUGGAUAGAAAAGCAGCUGGAUAACAGGAAGCAGAGAAGAGACAUAAAAAAGCAUUUUUCCGGUUGACAAGAUAUAAUGAACGGUGUGCCACAGGGUCAGUGCUGAGAUCUCAACUUCUUACAAAUUAUAUAAAUGACUUGGAUGUCAGCAUGGAAGGUAUGGUUGCAAAAUUUCCUAAUUACACAUAAUUAAGUAUAAAGAGGACAUAAGAAGGUUAUGAAAGGCUUUAGAUUGGUUAAACUCGUGGGCAAAUAUCUGGCAACUGGAGUAUAACAUGGGAAAAUGUGAAAUUGUCCAUUUUGACAGGAAGAAUUUUGUAAAAUAUCAAAUUACCCAAAUGGUGAGAGAUUGCAGAGCUCCAAGACGCGGAUGCUUCUGGGUUCCUAAUGCACUAAUCAUAAAAGGGCAGUAUGUAGGUACAACAAGUAAUUAGGAGGGCUAGCUUAUUUAUUGUGUGGAGAAUUGAAUGCAGAAGUAGGGAGGCUAUACGUCAGUAAUACAGGGCACUGGUGAGACCACAUUUGGAGAACUGUGUGCAGUAUUCUUCACUGUAGUUAAGGAAGGAUGUAAAUACAUUGGAAACAAAUCAGAGAUUUAUCAGACUAUUAACUGAAAUGGGCAGAUUGGCUUGUAAGAAAAGGUUGCACAGGGUAGGCCGGUAUCCACCAAAGUUUGGAAGAGUAAGAGGAGUCUUGAUCGUAACUUAUAAGGUUCUGAUGGGUCUUUACAGAUGCAUGAGAGGACUGCUUCCUGUUUUGAAAACAUGUUGAACCAUAGGCCACUGUUUAAAAAUAUGAGGUUGCCUAUUUAAACAGAUGAGAACUUUUUUUCUCAGUGGAUUGAGAGUCUUCACAAUUUCUCUUCCUGACAAGAUAGCAGAAGCUAAGAUGUUGAAUUUUUUUUAAGGCAGAAGUAGAUUGAUUCUUAGUGUAAAAAGGCGUGAAAAGUCAUUGGGUUAAGCAGGAAGUUGCAUUUUAGAUUUCAAUGAGAUGACCUUAUUAAAUGGUGGAGCAGGCACAAGGGACUACAUAACCUACACCAGCUCCUAGUUCAUACUCUCGUUUGAAAGAGUUUGAAAAGUUAUAAAGAAAAUGUUUACAUUACAAGUAGAAGUAAUUGAUGCAGGACUGUUAUAAAUGGUGAUAACACCGUGGAGCUGGAGGGAAACAGCAGGUCAAGCAGCGUCAGAGGAGUAGGAAAGCUGACAUUUUGAGUCAGGACCCUUCUUCAGACCUGAAACAUUACUCCUCUGAUGCUGCCUGACCAGUUAUGCUCCUCUAGCUCAAACACUGUUAUCUCGGACUCCAGCACCAACAGUUCUUACUAUCCCUUGAUGCAGGAUCUUAUUGCUGUUUGACUGAUUUAUUGUCACAUGUACCCAAGUACAGUAAAAAGCUUUGUUUACAAGCAGAUCAUAGGAUGAAAGAAACUGGGCAGAGGCAGACAAGUGACAGCGCACAGGGCAUGUACUAGGAAAGAUCAGCAUUAUUUGAAGUUGGACAGUCCAUUCAGCAAUAACGGUAGGAAAGAAGCUGUUCUCGAACCUGCUGUUGUGUGUUCAAGCUUCUGUACCUACUGCCUAAUUGAAGAGGUUGCAGUAGAGAAUUACCUGGGUGCAAUGUGUCUUUGAUGAUGUUGGCAGCCUUUCUGUGGCAGUUGGCUGUGUAAAUGAGUUCAUGAAUGGAAGGUUAGCUUCUGCAAAGGUCUGGGCUGUGCAUCAAUGUUGCAUCUGUAAAAGCUGGUGAAUCAUGUGAGGAAUGCAUGAGAAAUUUCUUUAACCAUAAGAUGGUGAAAAUAGGGAAUCUCAGGGAAUCACUGAGGUGGAUAAAUGGGACUGUGUUUGAAGGAGUGCAGUCAGAGGAAAUGCACAAGAAAGCCACUGACACAACACGCUACAGGCAGGCUAACUUGUUUAAUAGUAGAGCUAAUUUCACCCCUCGCCAAUGGCAAGUCCCGUCCUCAAGAAUGGUUAGCUAGGAGGAGGCCACUGGCAAGAGAGCAGUAAGAAGCCUAAGCCCUGAAAACAUAAAUCCUGUAGCUAUUGGGUGAGGAGGGAUCUUGAUCUGAGGAUGUUUGCUCUUUGAGACAGGCAUUACAGAAGGUCUCCAUCUCUGGUAAGCACCUGGAAACUGAUAUCUAUUUCAAGCCCACCGACUCCCACAGCUAUCUAGACUAAAACUCCUCUCACCCACCUUCCUGCAAGAAUGCUAUCCCCUAUUCCCAAUUUCUUAACCUCUGCCGCAUCUGCGCCCAAGAUGAGGCAUUCCACUCCCAGACGUCCUUGUUUUUCAAGGACCACAAUUCUGCACAACUCCCCCCCGCCGCCGCCGACAGUGGUUGAAAACACCCUCGACCACAUCUGUUGCAUUUCCCACACCUCAGCCCUCACAGCCCCUCUCUGCAAUAACAACAAAGACAGAAUUCCUCUUGUCCUCACAUAUCACCUGACUAACCUCCAGAUCCAAUGCAUUAUUUUCUGCCAUUUUCACCACCUGCAAUCCAACCCCACUACCAAAGAUAUAAUUCCCUCCCCACCCUUAUCUGCCUUCUGGAAGGGACUGCUCUCUCAGACUCCCUCGUCCAUUCCAAACCCCCACUAGCCUCACCACCCCCGGCACCUUUCCCUCUAACUGCAGGAGGUGCUACACCUGCCCCUACACCCUCCCCCCUCACCCAUAUGCUAAGCCCCAAGAAAACCUUCUACAUUAAACUCGGUUCGCAAUAAACAACUGCACCUCCCAGUCGCAAACCAUUUCCACUCCCACCUCCCAUUCUUUAGAUGACAUGUCCAUCAUGGGCCUCCUGUAGUGCCACAACGAUACCACCCAAAAGUUGCAGGAACAGCAACUCAUAUUCCGCUUGGGAACGCUGCAGCCCAAUGGUAUCAAUGUGGACUUCACCAACUUCAAAAUCACCCCUUCCCCCAGCGCAUCCCAAAACCAGCCCAGUUCGUCCCCUCCCCCCACUGCACCACACAACCAGCCCAGCUUUUCCCCUCCACCCACUGCAUCCCAAAACCAGUCCAACCUGUCUCUGCUUCCCUAACCUGUACUUCCUCUCACCCAUCCCUUCCUCCCACCCCAAGCUGCACCUCCAUCUCCUACCUACUAACCUCAUCCCACCUCCUUGACCUGUCCGUCUUCCCUGGACUGACCUAUCCCCUCCCUACCUCCCCACCUAUACUCUCCUCUCCACCUAUCUUCUUUUCUCUCCCUAUUUAUUCCAGAAUCCUCACCCCAUCCCCCCUCUUUAAAAAAGGGUCUAGGCCGGAAACAUCAGCUUUUGUGCUCCCGAGAUGCUGCCGGGCCUGCUGUGUUCAUCCAGCUUCACAUUUUAUUAUCUUGGAUUCUCCAGCAUCUGCAGUUCCCAUUAUCACAUUAAACAGAUGUUCACCUGCACAUCCGCUAAUGUGGUAUACUGUAUCCGCUGUUCCCGUUGUGGCCUCCUCUACAACGGGGAAACCAAGCAGAGACUUGGAGACCACUUUGUGGAACACCUACGCUUGGUUUGUGACAAACGACAACACCCAGUUGCAAACCACUUCAGCUCCCCCUCCCAGGCUGACAUCCUGGGCCUCCUCCUGUGCCACAACAAUGCCGCUUGAAAACUGGAGAAACAGCACCUCAUAUUCCACCUGGGAACUCCACCUCCCAAUGUGGACUUUACAAGUUUCAAAAUCUCCCCACUCCUGACCUCAUCCCAAGAGCAGCAGCAGCACCACCCCCAACCGUCCCAGCAUCCUUGACCUACACAUCUUCUCUCCCACCUAUCCGCUCCUCCCAUGUCACUGACCAACCCCCACCCCUACUUCCUAUCUACACUUACCUCACUUCUACUAGCCUCAUCCCAGCCUCCUUGACCCGCCCGUCUUCCCUGCCACCUACCCGCCUCUCACCAACCAAACCCCCAUCCCAACUCCCUACCUACUCACCUUUAUUGGCUUCAUCCCCACCUCCUUGGCCGGAGUGUCUUUUCUCCACCCAUCUGCUCCACUAUCUACUUUCAAUCACUGCCUCCCCAUCUCUGUAGUGAUUUCACAGCCCUCUUCCCCUUCCACUCCCCCAUUUCUGAAGGAUCCAGACCCAAAAUAUCAGCUUUCCUGCUCCUCUGAUGCUGCCUGGCCUGCUGUGUUCAGCUCAACCUCAUUAUCUCAGAGUCCAGCAACAGCAGUUCCUACUAUCUCUAGUCAUUAUCUCUCUCGUUUGUUUGAAUCUUUUAACUCUGGUUCCAAUAGGCUAAAGGAAGCACAUACCUGUAGAUGGAGCUGUGGAGCUUCCAAAGGUGUCUCAAAACAUUAAAAGGAGUUACAAAUUGUAUUGUUCAAUCCAGGUUUAACUGCAGAAAGUUUUUUACACUUUGGACUAGUUUAAGCUGUUUAACCCUCAGCUUGCUGCUGAUUUUGGAAAUCAAAGCUGUUAUAUUCUCUCCACCCACCAAAUACUCAGAAAUAAAUCAUUAAAUUGUUUACAAUGCCACACAAAGAGGUUAUUGAGUCUGGCACAGGAAAACAGAGUCUUUGAAAUUACCUUAAACCCAUACCCUUUGGUUACUGACCCGAACACAAGUGGAAAUAGUUUGAGAUAAUGGGAACUGCAGAUGCUGGA